CCUUACCGCCUACGUACGGCGGCGGCGAGGGUGUGGACGUCCCACAGCGUUCAAUCUCCUGGAGACAACAUAACGUCGCUAAUAACUUCUAACCGAAUUACACAGCAACAACGCGAGCACACCCGGGUUGCUGGAGUGCUGCGCAGCUUCUUCGUAGCUCAUUAUUCCAGAUGACGGACUGAUGCUGGCCAGGACCCUGCUGAACCCCUUGGGUCGCCUCUCUCAUCUCUCCCAGUUCAGCUCUGCAACUAAUCUGACGGGUGUACCUUAAGAGAAGGAGAAUUCACGAGCCAAAAUGGAUGAUAUCUUCACGCAGUGCCGGGAAGGCAAUGCAGUGGCAGUCCGCUUAUGGUUGGACAACACAGAGAACGACCUCAAUCAAGGAGAUGACCACGGCUUCAGCCCUCUCCACUGGGCGUGCAGGGAGGGCCGCUCCAGCGUGGUGGACAUGCUCAUCAUGAGAGGGGCUCGCAUUAACGUUAUGAAUCGGGGGGACGACACGCCUCUGCACCUGGCCUCCAGCCAUGGACAUCGCGACAUCGUGGGAAAGCUGAUCCAGUGCAAAGCAGACACUAAUGCAGCUAAUGAACAUGGGAACACACCACUGCAUUAUGCCUGCUUCUGGGGCCAAGACCUUGUGGCUGAGGACCUUGUGACUAAUGGGGCUCAGGUGAGCAUCUGUAACAAAUAUGGAGAAACUCCUAUGGACAAAGCCAAACCUCACCUGCGUGAACUCCUCAGAGAAAAGGCUGAGAAAAUGGGACAGAACUUGGCUAAAAUUCCCUUCAAGGACACGUUCUGGAAAGGCACCACGAGAACUCGACCCCGCAAUGGCACUUUGAACAAACAUGCAGGUAUUGACUACAAACAGCUCUCUCUCCUGGCUAAAAUAAAUGAGAACCAAUCUGGAGAGCUGUGGCAAGGGCGCUGGCAAGGAAAUGAGGUUGUUGUUAAGGUGCUAAAAGUUCGCGACUGGACCACAAGGAAAAGCAGAGACUUCAAUGAGGAAUAUCCCAAACUCAGGAUAUUCUCCCACCCGAAUGUCCUACCCAUGUUGGGAGCAUGUCAGUCUCCUCCCGCCCCUCACCCCAUCAUCAUCACACACUGGAUGCCUUAUGGCUCCCUUUACAACGUGCUGCAUGAAGGCACCAACUUUGUGGUGGACCAGACACAGGCGGUGAAGUUUGCGCUGGACAUUGCUUGUGGAAUGGCCUUCUUACACACUCUUGAACCCAUGAUCCCUCGCCACUAUCUCAACAGCAAGAGUGUUAUGAUAGAUGAAGACAUGACAGCCAGGAUCAGCAUGGCAGAUGUCAAGUUCUCCUUCCAGUGUCCUGGCAGGAUGUACUCGCCUGCAUGGGUAGCCCCCGAGGCCCUGCAGAAGAAGCCAGAGGAGAUCAACCGUCGGUCAGCAGACAUGUGGAGCUUUGCUGUUCUGCUGUGGGAGUUGGUGACCAGAGAAGUGCCGUACGCUGACCUCUCAAACAUGGAAAUUGGCAUGAAGGUUGCCUUAGAGGGCUUAAGGCCCACCAUCCCCCCCGGCAUUUCGCCCCACAUCUGCAAGCUCAUGAAGAUAUGCAUGAACGAGGACCCAGCAAAGAGGCCCAAAUUUGACAUGAUUGUGCCAAUUCUGGAAAAAAUGCAGGACAAGUGAAAGACCCCCUCUGCCCUGAACCUGACUUAGGGGAACUCUGACCCCAAAUAUCCCUUUUGAUAUGGUGGUGUGGUGCUUACCAAUAUUGCCUUAAACUCGUACUCUACCGCUGCAUUCAAUGCCACUGUAGCUUCUGAGAUGAAUUCAGCAGCAGUCACGUCUUUUACGUUGUUUUUUCAAAGUGUUUCAAGUUUGUAUUGGUGUCUCCAUCUGUGUCACUGAUCUGCUGAUGCUGCGCAUCAUAAAAACUCAUCAUGUGGACUGAGUACAAUCCUCUUCAUUCUGCUAGACUGAAUAACCUGUGGAGGUCAGCAUGACAGUGGAUGUAAGGCCUUAUAGUUCUUAACUGGAGUUGGCUGGCGGCUGAAAAGUCACCCUGCAAGGAAACUGCUCCUGUAUAAUGUUGUCUCUUUAUAAAAUAAAUAACAUAUUUCCUCAAAGCUUGCCUUGUGGGGAAAACACCUGUGUGUAACUGGGCUAGCAUGACAAAUGUCUGAAAACAAGCAUUUAAACAACAUUUAAGAUUAAGAAAAUGAGUGAUGCCUGUGAGAGUACGUAGCAGUGUUGUACCUUCCAGCUUAAACUUGACCUGCUGACAACUAUAUAAAACUUGCCAUUGAAACGUUAUGUCCGGUGCAGCAAAAAAUGUCGGUGUUGAUCAUUGCAAUGUUGGGAUUAUUUUUCAAACUGCAUUGCAAGAUUGCUGAUUUCCUUUGGUUUAUAACUAGAUUACUUCAAUAAAUGACUGUAAUCUAGUUUAUUUUCAUUAUUUACCCUUCAAACGUGUAACAGUUUUAUUAUGAUCAAAUUAUGUACUUCCCUACAAAGAGUACAUAGUCGCCUUUUCAAGAUGUCUAAAGGUGUUUGUGUUAAAAUCACAUGUUUUCAUGUUAAAUACUGGCAACGUAUGUAAUCCAACACUCAAUACAUUGUUUCCUAGUAA